AGCCAACAGAACUGUAUUCACUGUGGUUUGUGAAGUAACAUUCUUUUAUGUUCCAGAAUGUGCGUGCCAUAUACUUUGUGCUUGUGUGUGGCUUUGCUGCAUGUAUGUAAUGGUCUGCUACUGGGAGCCUUUAACAUUAAGUCAUUUGGAGACACAAAGGCAUCCAACACUACCCUCAUGGACAUCAUCAGUAAGAUCGUCCACCGCUAUGACAUUAUCCUGAUCCAGGAAGUGAGAGACAUCGACCUGUCAGCCACAGAGAAGCUUAUGUCUUAUGUCAACAAGGGAGCUACUAAAUUCACAUACAUUGUGAGUGAGCCUCUAGGACGCAGCACCUACAAAGAGAGAUAUCUCUUCCUCUACAGGGAGGAGAUUGUGUCUGUGGAAGACAGCUACCUGUUUGAUGACGGCUGUGAAUCAUGUGGUACCGACACCUUUAUCCGAGAGCCCUUUAAUGUCAUGUUCUCCAGCACUGCUCUGCAGAAGUUCGUCCUAAUCCCACAGCACACAUCUCCAGACUCCGCACUUAAGGAAGUGGACGCUCUUUAUGAUGUGGUGACUGAUGUCCAGAAGCGCUGGAGCACAAAUAACAUUAUCCUGCUAGGUGACUUCAACAGUGAUUGUAACUAUGUGACAGACUCAGAGUGGAACCAGAUCCGGCUCUUUACAGAUAAGAGCUUCCAUUGGCUGAUCACGAAUGAUGUUGACACUACAGUUACCCACACCAACUGUGCCUAUGACAGGAUUGUGGUGACAGAUGAUGUUAUGGAAAGAGUGGUACCUGGCACUGCCAAAGUCUUUGAUUUUCAGGCAGCACUAAAUCUGAAGCUUGAACUGGCUUUGGCUGUGAGUGAUCACUUCCCAGUGGAGGUAUCUGUCUGAUUGAAUCUGAAUGGACUCCGCUCCUACAGUUUUACCAGUAUUCAGAUGAAUCAGAUCACAGAUACAUCAACAUGUACUAA